AUGCCCGACACACUGCCUGCUGGAAUCGUCCCCGAAGUCAUGAGCUCGGAGCCAAAAAGCUUCAUCUCUAGGAGGGCGCUGAACGGCCGCAAGGCUCGUAUCGUUACGUUCCUCGAAGGGGACCUGCUCCUCGUGGAAGUGGGAAGCUGCUGGCAACUCGCCGUCGUUUCGGCCUUUGGAGUCAAGCCACUCUCGCCCGGGCAGAUCGUCCAAGUGCCCCCCGCCGGUGCUUCGGAUUCGGCACCUUUUGGGUCGAUGGGAGGUCCACCGACCUGGGUGAUGAUUCGCAAAGCGUUCGUGGAGCAUGACACGAACGAGGUCUUCUACGAGGUCGACCGUAUCCCGCGGACGGCGCCGCAGCAGCAGAUGCCGGCGACUUCGCUGUUGCCCUCCUGCAUCAGGGGCAUGACAGCUGGCCCCUCGCGAGCUGUUCCGAAGCUUCCUUCUGCAGAGCAGCCUUGCAGUUUCACCACGGCCUCCGGGGCGCAGGAAGCUUUCAUGAUCCACUUUCCCUGGGGGUUUAACGACGCAUCCCGGAACUGGGGCGAAGUGGUUCGGUGGCCUUUGCUCGUUUUCCUCCAUGGCUCCGGCGGAGGCACCUUUAUGACUUUAUGCCGGAAAGACUUGCCGAAUCCUGGGCUAGAGUAUGCCGUACGCAACUUCGUGAUUGUAUGUCCCAAAUGCAGGUGGAAGUGGAAGAAUCCUGCAGACCCCUGGGUGUUGGAGCUGGUUGAGGAAUUAGCGGGAGCUCACUGGGUGGAUCCAACGCGGAUUUAUUUAUCUGGCAUCUCCAUGGGAGGGAUGGGAACAUGGGAGCUGGCUAUGCGAUCGCCGCAGCGGUUCGCAGCACUGGCUCCUGUUGGGGCCUACCACAAGACGGACCUGCGCAGUCAAAUUGCAGCAGCGGUGAAACACCUCCCCAUCUACUGUGUACAGGCCACUCAAGACGUGACAUGUCCUUUUGCGAAGGAAGUCGAGCUCUACAAGGAGUUGAUCGCCCUCCGCGCGCGCUUAAAGGUGGACGUGCACGAAACACAUCCCCACGAGAGGAUCCACUAUGCCUUUGCAGAAGGUCCCGAGAUCUUCCAGUGGCUGCUGUCGCAUCAAAAUCCCUGGGCUACGAUCCCAAGUCAUGGAGCGUGCGCAUACGACGUCUAA